UUUUCCUCAAAAUAGAUUUUUUUUUUGUAAAAUAAAAAUUCCAUCUUCAAUUCUGUUAUAAACAAACAAAUAUUAUUAUUUUUUAAUAAAGAUUUUGUAUUUGUGUUCUGUUUUCUUUUUUGGGCUUUGUAUGAUAGCAGCCGGGGAUGCCUACGCCGAUUAGUGUAGCGCGGCAAUGCUUAACGCCGGAGGCAGCUACCGCGCUGGACGAGGCGGUAACAGUCGCUCGACGGAGGGAACAUACUCAAACGACUUCGUUACACGCCGUCUCUGCACUCCUUUCCCUCCCUUCCUCGUCGUCGUUGUCCUUACGCGCCGCCUGCUCCCGGGCUGGGAACGUCGCUUACCCACCCCGACACCAGUUCAGAGCGUUGGAGCUUUGUGUAAGCGUGUCGCUCGACCGAGUCCCCUCGGGUCAACUCACCGACGAUCCGCCCGUUUCCAACUCGCUCAUGGCGGCGAUAAAGCGAUCUCAAGCGAAUCAACGGAGGCAACAGCCUGAGAAUUUCAACAUUUACCGCGAUAUAUCGCAGCAAAACGGUUCCAAUAUCUCGUCAAUCAAAGUUGAGCUCUGUCACUUGAUUUUAUCGAUCCUCGAUGACCCGGUUGUCAGUCGGGUUUUCGCCGAAGCGGGUUUUCGGAGCUCCGAAAUCAAGCUCGCAAUCACCUGUCCCCUCCCUAACCAUCUCCCAUUCCCCCGACGACGUGGCCCGCCGGUCUUCCUCUGCAACCUCGAAAAUCCAAAUCCGGAUCCGGGUCCUCGGGGCUUCACUUUCCCUUUCCCUUUCCCGGGUUUCGCUUCUUAUUUUGAAAACCGUAACAGAAUAGUUGAACUUUUAGCGCGAAGGAGGAAUCCCCUACUCGUCGGUGCAUGCGCUUACGAUGCACUCACGAAUUUCACUGCCCAAUCAAAAGACAUUUUCCACAUAAUUAGCAUCGGAGAUUAUAUCAUGAAGUGCAUCGACGAUGGGUUUAACAAAACGGAAGCGGAUUCGAAGUUUGAAGAAAUGGGUCGGGUCGUGGAGCGGAAAACGGGUGGAUCCGGAUUAUAUGUGGUGGAUAUUGGUGGGCUUGAAGCUUUCGUCAAUGGCGAAAACGAAGAAGGAGAAGAAGAAGGUGGAGUUAGUUAUAUAGUGGGACAGUUAACGAGGUUAUUACAGGUUCAUGAAGGGAAUGUUCAUGUGUUGGGAGCAGCGACAAGUUAUCAGACAUAUUUGGAGUUCAUAUGUAGGUUUCCUUCAGUCGAAAAACAUUGGGAUUUGCAGAUUUUGCCCAUGACUGUCAUUAGGAGUUCAUUGCCUCGGUCUUAUCCCAAAUCCAGUUUGAUGGAGUCAUUUGUUCCGUUCGGCGGGCUAUUUCCAACGCUGUCCGAGUCAAAGGGGUCUUUAACCGGCUCGUAUCAACCUGUACCACCUCACUGUCAUCUAUGCAGCGAGAGAUACAAACAAGAAGUGAUUGCACUUUCAAAGGGAGGAUUCAAUGUUUCAGUAGCGGAUCAAUACCGAUCCGCUUUGCCUUCUUGGUUGCAGAUGGCCGAGCUUGGUGCAAACAAUGGAUCAUAUAUGAAGACCAAAGAUGAUGGACUGUUAUUGAACGCUAAGAUAGCGGGGUUGCGAAAGAAGUGGGAUGAUAUAUGCUGGCGCCUUCAUCACACUCAUCGAGUCCCUGAGUCGACUGUGUAUAAGCCGAAUCCUUGGGGUCAUUGUAGCAACAACACGAAUGUAAGUUCAUGCUCAACCAUUAAGUUUCCGAAGAUGCCUACUAUGCGUUCUAAUGGAGGCAACUUUGAGGCGCUCGAGCCCAUAUCUCCUUGCAGUUUAUCAAAUUCGAGUGUGGACAAUGUUAGUCGCACAUCGCCUACGUCUGUAACUUCUGUGACAACGGAUUUAGGAUUGGGUUUAUGUUCAGUUUCUUCAAGCAACAAAUUGACGAAACUGACAGAUCAGAACCGUGCUACACUUGUUAACGAUAGUGUCUUGUGCCAUCAAGCUCAGUCCUCAUCCUCUUCAUCUCCUGACUUCGGUGGACCGCUUGAUCCUAGCUAUUUCAAGAAGCUUUUUAAGGCUGUCACUGAGAAAGUCGGCUGGCAAGAUGAAGCUGCAAGUGUUAUUUGCCAAACGGUAGCCAACGGUCGAGCACUAAACAGAAAAUGUCAUGGAGCCGGCCGAAGAGGUGAUAUAUGGUUGAAUUUCAGUGGACCUGAUAGGUGUGGCAAGAAGAAAAUUGCUGUUGCACUCGCGGAUGUAAUCUAUGGAAGCCGCGAGAAUUUCAUCUCCAUCGAUCUAAGUUCUGAAGACGGGGUUAUGCAUUUCGAUUUAAAGUUUCGAGGGAAGACUACGAUCAAUUACGUUGCUGAGGAAUUGAGCAAAAAGCCCUUAUCUGUUGUAUUCCUUGAGAAUGUAGAUAAAGCUGAGAUUCAUGUUUUAAGCAGCCUGUUACGGGCUAUCCGGACUGGCAAACUUUUGGACUCGCACGGAAGAGAAGUGAGCACCGACAAUGCAAUUCUCGUGACGACUUCAACCUUAAAUACGGAAAAUCGAGUCAUCGUUCAUCAUAAAACACCGAUGUACUCCGAGGAGAACAUAUUGAGAGCCAAAGGCUGGCCAUUACAGAUAUUAAUCAAGCAUGACAACAACACAAUUGACAUCUCUAGGAAGUCCUUUUCGAAUAAACGAAAGCACGAGAUCACGGAAAUAGUGGCUAAACGGACUAACCCGACACCAUUUCGGAAUCUAGAUUUGAACAUUCCAGCUGAAGAAACCGAUGACGGAACCGUCGAAAACACCGCACCUUGGUUGCAACAUUUCUUCAACCAACCCGUCAAAAACGUAAUCUUCAAGCCAUUCGAUUUCGACACACUUGCGCAGAAAGUAUCAGACAACAUAAACCGGAGUUUCCACGAGUCUAUAAACUCUGCACACUGUUCUCUAGAGAUUGACCCGAAUGUCACAGAACAACUACUAGCAGCCGCAUAUUUCUCGGACGACAACAUGAUCGUAGUGACAGACUGGAUAUCAAAAGUUCUCACCAAGGGAUUCUCGGAAGUCGAGAAAAAAUACAACCUCGACGCUGACACUAUCGUGAAAAUCAUUCCCGACCGCACCGCCUUUCUGUCUGAGAACCCGAUUGGAGUUUCCCUUCCCCCAAAAAUUACCGUGAACUAAGGCUAAUCCAGUGUAAUUAGGUUCCUAAUAUGCUUAGGCUGUGCAUUGUACCAUGUAUAAUCUUAUGGUAAUAGUGCUAGUGUGGGGUGUAUCAUCCAUGGUUGUCCCGGUUUAUUAUCGGAACACGAUGUUUUGGCCGAUACAAUCAGUACCGAUAUACGAAAUUAACUUCCUCGAUAUCAUCACUAUGAAAAAAAACACACAACUUGUAAUUUCAAUGGAUAGUAUGUAACGGUAUUAGUUUGCAAUUAGAUUGUAUAUUUAAUGUUUUUU